AAAGCAGUGAAACCCUCCCAUAGGUGAGAGCGCAGAUGUCAUGAGAAAAGCGGCCACACGACCAGAGCGCACCGAGCGACGCACCGACAGACCUCAGCCCGCCUCCCUGCGCCCCGGCUUGGGAUGCUUUUAGCGCAGAGACGCUUCCACACAGGGCAGCCCGUGGACGCACGUCCUCCACGCUCUCGUCGUUGUUAUUUUUGAACGUGGAUCUUUCCCUCCGCGGUUUGUAGAAAGUGUUUAUGUUUGUUUCUUCAUGAGUGCUGCUUUGGGAAGCGAGCCUCAGCACCAGCUCCUGCAACGCCAACACGAUGCGAGCCCAAAUCGAAGUUAUACCAUGCAAAAUCUGUGGAGACAAAUCAUCCGGAAUCCAUUACGGAGUCAUUACGUGUGAGGGAUGUAAGGGUUUCUUCAGACGGAGCCAGCAGAACAAUGCCUCAUAUUCCUGCCCCCGCCAGAGGAACUGCCUCAUUGACAGAACAAACCGCAACCGCUGCCAACACUGCCGCCUGCAGAAAUGUCUUGCACUUGGAAUGUCCAGAGAUGCUGUUAAGUUUGGCCGCAUGUCAAAGAAGCAACGUGACAGCCUGUAUGCAGAGGUGCAGAAGCACCAGGCACGGCUGCAGGAGCAGCGGCAGCAGCAGACUGGUGAAGCUGAAGCACUGGCUCGUGUUUAUUCCACCAGCCUAACCAACGGACUAUCCACUCUCAAUCAUGAAAUCGGAGGGACAUAUGCCAAUGGUCAUGUCAUAGACCUACCCAAAGGCGGCCAUAGUAACGGAGGUGGAAUUCCGGGGGGCUACUACGGGAUAGAUUCAACCCAACCGUCUCCAGAUCAGUCGGGUUUGGACAUGUCAGGCAUGAAGCACAUUAAGCAGGAGCCGGUUUACGACCUUACUCCCGUACCCAACCUCUUCAGCUAUGGAGGCUACCAGGAAAGUCAUCUCGGGCCCAACAAUGUCAGCAUGGGAGAGCUCGAUCGUAUUGCUCAAAAUAUUAUCAAGUCUCAUUUGGAGACUUGUCAAUACACAACAGAAGAGCUACAGCAGCUCGCUUGGCAGACACAUUCCUAUGAAGAGAUCAAAAUGUACCAGAGCAAGCCCCGGGACGUGCUGUGGCAGCAGUGUGCCAUCCAGAUUACCCAUGCAAUCCAGUAUGUAGUGGAGUUUGCCAAGCGCAUCUCAGGCUUCAUGGAACUGUGCCAGAAUGACCAAAUCCUACUUCUCAAGUCAGGUUGUUUGGAGGUAGUCUUGGUCAGGAUGUGCAGAGCCUUUAACCCUCUCAACAACACUGUGCUCUUUGAGGGAAAGUACGGUGGCAUGCAGAUGUUCAAAUCUCUAGGUUGCGAUGACUUAGUAAGUGCGGUGUUUGACUUUGCCAAGAGUCUGUGUUCACUGCAGCUAACAGAGGAGGAGAUUGCUCUUUUUUCGGCAGCUGUAUUAAUUUCUACAGAUCGACCCUGGCUGAUGGAACCUCGGAAAGUCCAGAAACUCCAGGAGAAGAUCUACUUUGCUCUUCAACACAUUAUGCAGAAGAACCACAUGGAUGAAGAUGCACUGGCUAAGUUGAUCAGCCGAAUUCCAACACUGUCCGCUCUGUGCACGCUCCACACAGAGGAGCUCCAGGCCUUCCAGCAACUCCACCCGGAAACCGUCAACGUCCUCUUUCCUCCGCUCUACAAAGAACUUUUUAACCCCGAUCCCAACUCUGCCAUGGCCAUGCCCAAGUGACUGCCUGUGGUCCAAAUGCAGCAAACAGCAAAAGACCAAGAAAUGAAGUUUGUUUUAAUUGACAAGAAGACUGAGGCCACGCCAACUAUGCCAUCGUUGUGGCAACUGCAUAUUUCUGAGCUCCCCCAGGCUCUUUUCAGGCUGGUGGGUGAGGAUCCAUCUCCUAGAAACUCUGAGUUACAGCCAACAAUACCAGGAAUGUCCAGCACUUAUCCCAUCCUGUUCACCGCUACAGUCUGAAGAAUGUAUAUAUGAACAAAGCGUACCCCAAGCCACAGCCUAAAUGGGGCUUCCAGUUGUCUCCUUAAUUGAAGUGACUCACCAGAAAUGUACAGACUUUGAACAAUAGGAACAAUUUUUAACUGUCAAUCUUUAGAGAAAAAAAAAGGAUUGGCAAGCUAAUUUGAUUUAACUUUCUUAAAACUUUUUUUUCCUACAUUAAGACAUUGUCAAGUUGAAACAACUAGGUGGGGUAGGGAACUGUGGAGAUAGAAAAGCUACUGUAGAUAUUCUUCUAGUGCGAACGGAUUCCAGUAUUACUUCUUGUUCUGUUAAAAUAAGUUAGUCCUAAUUUAAAUAUGCAGCAGUCCACCGUGACUGACUAUACUUUGUCUAUGUGUUUUCAUUUUAUUUGAUAGCUUCGUGUACAGAAUUUGUAAACUUAGAAAAAUGGGCAAAAACAAGAAGUUGAGUUGGUUUUGCUGAUAAACAAAAGCCUUGUCUGGAUUUUGUUUAUAUGUAUAGAAGGUGCUACAUCCUUCUGACCGGAACUUAUAGAAAUGUAAAGAGAGCAUAAGAAGGAUUUAAAAAAAAGAAACUAAUUGCUAAUACUUUUCAUGGUGAAGAUGUAUACAUAAAUGUUCUAUUUUGCAAGAAAAACUAUCUGGCAGAUUUGCCGGCCUAUCAAUUGUUUAUUUUUUGCUGCAAUAAUUACGUCCAAUAAAAGCUGGACUGCUUUCGAACAAUCAACGAGACACAAACAAACAAAAAAAAUCAGAAACAAGGACCUCACAUUGAACUCCACACCUCUACACAAAGUCCCCGUACUCCUUUUUUCCUCUGAACAAUCAGGACCUUGGAGUUAUGUUUAGGCACACAUAAGUGGGUAUAUGUCAAAAUGAAGAUGUGCAUCUAUAAUUGACCAAUCAAAAAUGGAAAAAAAAGGUAGUUACAAAAGAUAUGCUUGGGAAAAAAUACUUUUGCUCUAAAAUAUAUGGGUGGUGUAUGCACUCAUCCUCCUAUUUGCACAAUCCCUUCUAUGGAUGUUAAUCACUCCGGGCUGUUAAUAUGUAGGACCCUUUUCCUAAAGAGCAAUAACUUUCAUGACCCCAUCCCUCACCCUCCUUCAUCCUCCCCUUUUUAACUGUUCAGAACAAGGUAGCAGUGUUAACUUAAGACACACAAUAUAUUGCUUUUUGCUGUUGAUCAUGACUUAAAAUCUCUGUGGAUGCAACCCAUUCCAGCUCAGACUGCUGGUGUCCCUACAGUCCAGCAUGAUGUCAAAUUUGGACUCACAGCACUGACUGACAAAUGUGAAGAAAGGAAUCCUUUAGAAUUCUUACAUUUUUUGUUUGCUGCAAUUUCAAGCACUUACAGGUUAUAGUUUUUUAACAUAUUUUACAUCAGUUAAGUUAUUGUGGUAUCCCAUCAGGGGACGUUGUCCUUGCCAUCUUCUUUUUAUUGUGAAAGGACGUGUUCAACCACACAUUACAUAUUUUAAGCAGUUUCAGCAUAAAUUCAUUAUUCUUCAGGUGUUACAGUUUUUAUCCUCUAAUGAGAAGUCAAUUGCACAAAAUAAUUAGCACAGAAUCCUAUGCGCAACAAAAUGAAUCAUUCAAUGGUACUGCUAUACAACUUCCUUUCUCUCUAUUGUGUUUAAUUUAAUUUAUUUAGGACAAGAAAUUGUUUAUUUUGCUGUUCAAUUUCAUAAUAUUGAGGACUUUGACCUAGUUGUUCAUAAGCACUAAAAGUGAAGAGCUAACUUAGAGGUUCAGGCUUGAUUUUUUGCACUGUGGCCAAAUUUUCGACUUUUCUCACACAAAACGUAUUCAGUAAAAUUAAUGUACAAAAGACAUUUUCUUGUUUUAGUUCAAGAUUUUUCUAUGAACAUUUUGAAAAUAUAUUUGACUUACUAGAGAAAUCUUCAACAUAAAUCAUGAGAAGUUCUUAUAUUUAUGCUUCAAGCUCUCAGCAAGUCUUUUAUCUGUUCCUUCCAAAGUGCAGCGACUUCCCUACAACCCCAGACAGGCCCAAGCAUUAGAGGCGCUGGCUCUUUAAGACAAUCACUUGCUCUUUAAAGCUUGAAUCUCUCAGGGAGCAAUUUUUUCUGACUUUGCAUUAAAGGGUAUCAUAUUUUUUGCAAAUUUACUUAAAAAAACAGAUUAUUAAAUAACUUUUUUGGAUGAAAAAAAUUGGCAUAAGUAUGCUAAAUAUGCCAGCAAUCUGCCCAGACAAGGCUUUGAUAGAUGUGUGUCUAUGUGUGUGUGUGUGUGUGUGUUUAGAGCAUGAAUUCACUGUCUAAAUGAAAAACAUCUCUAAAUCGCAAAAAUGAUAACAAGCAGAAGAGAAGUAAUUUUGCUCUUGUCAAACAUGUACAAUCAGAUGCAGCUUCGGGGAGAGUGAAGGAAGUUAACCAGUAAUCUGUUAUUUAGACACAACAGCCCAGGGACAGUGAAUUCUAACUCUUGCUAUGACACUUUUGCGCGAGACAUUUUUGUUUUCCCUCGUUAGACUGUGAAUCAAAGGGGUGGAAUAGGGUUGUGAGGGAAAAUGUGCUGGCAAGAAAAAGGCAACACUGUAAGUAAGAAGCUGUAGCAAUAACUGGCAGAGUUUCCUCCUGUCAUGUUUGCAUUGUAAGAUUAUUUUUAUUUUAUGACUAUUUACUAUUAUUAUUGUUCUUAUUAUGACUACUAUUCUUCUGAUACUAUUAGCCUAUUGUUGUUCUGUUCUAUUUGCAUGACGUUUCAUUGAAUUGAAACAUUUGGGGCUCAUUUGUGUUUUUCUCCUCUAGUGAUACUGUGGGUUUUGGCAGGGAGGGAAAAGGGUUAGGGGGCGAACUCCACAUCACUUGAGUCAGUUUGAAGCUUCUUUUUUUUCCUUUUGAAAGCUGAACAAUAUUUUUUAAUAAAAUGCUAUAAUUUAUACACAACCAA